GGAGGGAAGGGGUGCAGAGCCCCCCCAUCCUCUGCAGGGGCUCGGGACAGACAGGGAGCUGGGGCAGGACGCACAGCCGGCCCUGGGGCUGGUUCAUUCUCCUGGGAUACCCAUGGCAGAAGCUGUUUAAAUGCUUUCCGAGGAACCCCAGACCCAAAGGCACAGCUACAGCUCAGGCUGCUGCAGGAGCUCGGUGUUUAUUGGGGAGCCCCCCUGACAGCACACCAGGACACCCGGGAAGGACAACCUGACCCUGAAACCCCAGACCCAAAGGCACAGCAACACCUCAGGAGCUCAGUGUUCCUUGGGGAGACCCCCUGACAGCACGCCAGGACACCUGGGAGGGACACCAGGACUGUGCGUGUCUUAUCCUUAGAAGCCAUCCCCAACUCCAGGGGGCUUUAAAGGAUCAUCCCCACGCCCAGAACAUCCCACCAUGAACGGGUUCUUGAACGAAUCCGACUUCCUGAUGGUGGAGGAGGGCUUCACCACCAGAGACCUCCUGGAGAACCUGCUGGGGGAGCUGUGCCAGGAGGGCCAGCAGCAGCAAGCAUUCUUCGUGGCAGACCUGGGGGACGUCGUGAAGAAGCACCUGUGUUUCCUGAAGGCCCUGCCCAGGGUGAAGCCCUAUUUCCCAGUGAAAUGCAACGGCAGUGAGGGGGUGCUCAGGCUGCUGGCAGAGCUGGGGGCAGGAUUUGCCUGUGCCAACAAGGCAGAGAUCAGCCACGUCCAAGGCAUUGGGGUGCCACCAGACAGGAUCUUCUACAGCAGCCCCUGCAAGCAGGUGGCCCACCUGAGGUAUGCAGCCAGCCACGGGGUCAGGCUGAUGGCCUUUGACAACGAGGUGGAGCUGGGCAAGGUGGCCAGGAGCCACCCCCGUGCCAGGAUGCUGCUGGGGAUCACUGCUGACUCCAUCCCUGCUGCCCACCCCAGCCUGAGCUUUGGCAGCACGCUGCAAUCCUGCGGGCACCUGCUGCAGGCAGCCAAGGACCAGGCUGUGGAGGUUGUUGGCAUCAGCUUCCACCUGGGGAGCCGUGGGCUGGAGCCCCAGGCCUGGGCGCAGGCCGUGGCCACAGCACAGCUGGUGUUUGACAUGGGGACAGAGCUGGGACACCACAUGCACCUCCUGGACAUCGGGGGAGGCUUCCCUGCCACCGAGGACACCAGAGCCCCGCUGGAAGAGAUUGCUGCUGGGAUAAACUCUGCCUUGGAUUUGUACUUCCCUGAGGGCAGCGGGGUGGAAAUUAUCGCCAGGCCUGGGCGUUACUUCGUCACCUCUGCCUUCACCUUGGCUGUCAGCAUCACUGCCUUGGAGGAGAUCCCUGUGGAGCAGCCUGGCUCUGAUGAGGAAGAGUGUGGCAGCAAGAAGAGCUUGGUCUAUCACCUCAGUGACGGCAUCUACGGUGCCUUCAGCUGCCUCCUGUUCGACAGCCCCUGCCCCAGGCCCCGGCUGCACAGGAGGCCGUGCCCAGAGCAGCCCUGGCACAGCUGCAGCCUGCGGGGCCCGCGGGGGCACGCUGAGGAGCCCAGCAUCGCCGAGGGGCUGCGGCUGCCCCAGCUGCACGUGGGGGACUGGCUGAUCUUCGGGGACAUGGGAGCCUACAGCAUGCCAACGUCACCCCUGGGCACAGCUGGCAGCGCCCAGGCUCGGGUCACCUACGCCAUGUCCCGCAUGGCCUGGAAAACCAUCCAGCUGUUGCAGGGAAAGCCACCCCAGACAGAAGAAGAGCGUGAGAGCCUCUGCACACCCCUGUCCUGUGGCUGGGAGAUGGCAGAGACCCUUUGUGUGCCCCCUGUCUUCGCUCCAGCUGGCAUCAUCUGAGCAGCUCUGGGCAAGGAGCCACGCUGGGAAAGGGCCUGUGGUGGUGUUGGCAGGAGAAAUGUCCCAAAAUGGUGUUGGGGUGGGAAAAUCCCAUAAUGGUAUUGGGGGAAAAUCCCAUUGCAGCACCAGGGAAAAUGUCCCAUCAGGGUGUUGGGGUGGGUCCCAUGAUAUUGUGGUGAGAAAUGUCCCAUAAUGGUAUUAGGAUGGGAAAAAUCCCAUUGCAGCACCAGGGGAAAUGUCCCAUCAGGGUGUUGGGGUGGGAAAUAUCCCAUAAUGGUAUUGGGGAAAAAUCCCAUUGCAGCACCAGGGGAAAUGUCCCAUCAUGGUAUUGGGGUGGGAAAAAAUCCCAUAAUGGUAUUGGGGAAAAAUCCCAUUGCAGCACCAGGGAAAAUGUCCCAUAAUCAUAAUGGUGUUGGGGUGGGGAAAAAUGCCAUUGCAGCACCAGGGGAAAUGUCCCAUAAUGGUGUUGGGGUGGGAAAAUCCCAUAAUGGUAUGGGGGAAAAAUCCCAUUGCAGCACUAGGGGAAAUGUCCCAUAAUGAUAUCAGGGUGGGAAAAAUCCCAUAAUGGUGUUGGGGUGGGAAAAAUCCCAUUGCAGCACCAGGAGAAAUGUCCCAUAAUGAUAUCAGGGUGGGAAAAAUCCCAAAAUGGUGUUGGGAUGGGAAAAAUCCCAUAAUGGUAUUGGGGUGGGGAAAAUCCCAUCAUGGUAUUGGGGAAAAAUCCCAUUGCAGCACCAGGGAAAAUGUCCUAUAAUGGUGUUGGGGUGGGAAAAAUCCCAUGGCAGCACCAGGAGAAAUGUCCUAUAAUGGUAUUGGGGUGGAAAAUGUCCCACAAUGGUGUUGGGGAGGGAAAUGUCCCAUGGCAGCAGCAGGGGAAAUGUCCCAAAAUUUGAUUAGGGUGGGAAAUGUCCCAGAAUGGGAUUGGGAUGGUAAAAAACCCAUAAGGGUGUUGGAGUGGGAAAAAUCCCAUUGCAGAACCAGGGGAAAUAUCCCAUAAUGGUAUUGGGGUGGGGAAAAUCCCAUGAUGAUGUUGGGGUGGGGAAAAAUCCCAUUGCAGAACCAGGGGAAAUAUCCUAUAAUGGUGUUAGGGACAUUAGGGUGGAGAAAAUCCCACUGGGUGUCUGACUCCAUCCCAGUCUGUUAGCUGAAAAUUAUCAAAAGAUUUUUGUGAGUUUUCUAAUUUGGGAUUAAUGCUGGCGAAUUUUCAGGGUUUAGCGUCUCUUUUUGGGUCGAGAAAUCUGUCCCAAACACUAGGGGGACUCUGGAGCUAUUUGGGAACAGUUAUUUUUUGAAAUUCUUUUGUGUUGGGAUCAAAGGGUUGGCAUUUGCAGAGGUGAAAUAAUUCUCAGUCUGUCCUGUAUUUAUUAAAGCAGCUGUCAUAUUCCACCCUCCCCGUGAAAAACACCAAUCUCCUGUUUUUAAAAUUUUAAAAAUUUAAUAGUAAUAAAAUGGUUAUAAAAAUAGUCAUACAAUUAGAUUAAUAAUAAUUUGGACAAUUUGAAUUAGGCCAAUAUGAGACAACAAAUACAAAGGGUUAUAGACAGUCCAGGUAUCUUUUUCUGGGCAGCACGAGCCCGAAAAAGGACACAGUUAACAAAGGAUUAACCCUUAAAAAAAGUAACCUGUUGCACAUUCACACACCUCAAACACGAUGCAUAAAUUCCAUUCAAACACAGGAUUCUGUCUGUGCUGUCCUCUCCCAUAAAUCCUGCUCCUCCA